UAUACAUUUCAGAUUUGUUUAAUAAAAUGAGGAUUAUUUUAUGUUUGUGUCUCUGUAUACUUCUAGCAGAGGGAAGUGUAGAACAGAGUAAAGGAAGAAGAAGAAUAAAGAAGAAGAUUGCUGUAAGAGAAGAUGAAGAGGGGGGUAUAACAGAGGAACCUGGAGAUCAGGAUCAACAGAUUGUAGAAGAUCAGACAGAUCAACCAGAACCUAAGGAUAAAGCAGGAAGAGGAUUCCUUGACGAGUACUACUCACAGUUUGAGAGUAGAACGGAAUCAAUGGAACCCAUGGUGUCCAGCUUCCCGGAGCAGGUUCAGGUUCAGGGUUCAAGGAAACAAAAACAUUUUUCUCCGGCUUUACAGAACUCAAUGAGAGUCACGGAUCUGAUGAAACCUGAACAGCUUGAACCUUCAAGUGUAGAUUCAAAGGUAUCUGAAGCUCCGAAAGGAUUUGCAGGAGUUUCUCCGAUACCACAGGUUCAACAGGCAGAAAGAAGAGUUGAUACUGAUAAUAAGCUGAGUAAACUGAUGGAACAGGAGAAGCAGCUGCUAGCUCUCCUGGCCAGGGAGGACGAAUUAUCUCCUGAACAGAAGGAGCAGCUCCUCCAGCAGCUGGAGAUAUGGGAGCAGAACAGGAAGAUGCUGGAGCAGGAGAAGAAAAUGCAGGAGAAGGCAAUGGGAGAAAGAGCAAACCAAUUCUUUCCGAACCCGUUCCAGGGUCUUAUUAAAGAAGAGGUUCUUCCCAACAGUUUGACCGGUCCAGUAGAGGAGGAUUAUUUAACAGCUGAAGGAAGUAAUGUCGGAGUCAGAUCUGUGUUUGAUACCGGAUACAGCGGGGGUGGAUACAAUAGUCCCAGUGGUACCACGAACCACCUUACUAAAUAUCUAGGUCUUACUGGAACCACGAGCAAGGAUAUCCAGCUUGGUUUAACCUUCACAGUUCCAUUCUUAUCCAUCCCUCUCACUUCAAUUACUAAUAUUCUUGGAGGAAAUUUCGGAGAUAUUGGAAAUAUUCUUGAUUUUGGAAAUAUAGAUACAACAUCUAUCAUCACAUUCGUUGUUAUUGCGAUAGCAUCAGUCUUUAUUCUCCCUCAGGCGAUCUAUUGGUUAACAGGGAUAAAUCUUUCCUCCUUCAAUUGGGGAAGAAGUGAUGAGGAUGCAGGAGGACUAGUUGCUCUGGCGAAUACUGUAGAUUCUGCACUCCAGGAGUUUAAUAUAGAUUCUAGAGGUUGUGUUGCUAAAUCCAUCUGCUCUUCUCUUUACGAUAAAGAAACUCAAUCAUCAUCCUUCAUUGUGAAAACUCUAGCAAAAUCUGCAGCAAGUCAUCCUGUCGUCCGGGGAUUCCUUGGUCCGACUCAAUCCGCUCUCUUGGAUCAAGUUGAAGCAGGGAAGGACGGAUUAGGGACAAGCGGAGAAGGAUUGAAAUGUGAUUCAUAUUUCCGAGGGACCUGCCCCUGGGAUCCAGCAGGAGUUACUUCUAUAAUCAUGAAACUAAUGGAAAGUCAGGGAACUAAUUUAGCGGAGGUUGCUUUGAAGGCUGUUGCUGCUGCCUCAUCAUCGUAGAGAUCAUCAUUUUCAGAAUCAUCAUCACCAUGACAGAGAUCAGAAUUAUCUAUAGAGAUGAUAAUGAUCUUAUAUAUCAGACGCAUGAUGUUAUAUUCAUCUGCCAUAAUGAUGAUAACUGUCCUUUAAAAUUAUCUUCUAGUCAUAAGGCUUAUAUUAUGAUCUUCAGAUAGUCUUAGAGCUUAUAAACAUGAUCUACUUCUAGUCAAAGAGCUCAUAAUACGAUCAUCAGCUAGUCAUAAAGCUUUUAAACAUGAUCUACUUCUAGUCAAAAAGCUUUUAAACAUGAUCUUCUUCUAGUCAUAAAGCUUUUAAACAUGAUCUUCUUCUAGUCAUAAAGCUUUUAAACAUGAUCUUCUUCUAGUCAUAAAUCCCAUGGAUAUUGUGUUACUCUACAUAGUCAUAAAGCUCAUAACACAUUUUCAAAUUUUGAGUCCCAAACAAAUGUAUUGAAAACAGAUUUAGGCUGACAAACUUUUAGUUUUAGUAUUUGUGGAAGGUUUUGAAGGGAAACCAACGACAAAUAUCGGACUGUUAAUGACUUUUAUUACGCCUGACAUUUCGUUGAUUUUUACUAAACAAACACAUCAAUAAAUAUUUGUUGUAACCCUGUUGGAUAUUGUACAAUGUGCAUACAUGUUUUGUUUAUUUUUAUUUAUUGUAUUAUCAUGACCUUUAAUAUUUGUUAACAUUAUUUUUAUUCAUUUUAUCUAGUAGAAUACAUAGUGGAUUUUUAUUGU